CGGUGCCGGGCGCAGACGGAGCGGCCGCGGCGGCGCCAUUUUGCGGCGGUGCGGGAGGCGCGGGCGGGAGGUGGCUGUGGUGGUAGUGCUGGUAAUAGCGGCAAUAGCGGUAACGGUGGCGAUAACAGCGGCCGUGGGUGUUGUUGCUAAUCGGGACUAGCGUCCCCCUUUCGCCCCAGCCCCUUGGCCAGGACUCUGCCGACAUGAGCGACGUGGAGGAGAACAACUUCGAGGGGAGGGAGUCUCGCUCCCAGUCAAAAUCUCCAGCUGGGAGUCCUGCUCGUGUAAAAUCAGAGAGCAGGUCAGGAUCUCGCAGUCCAUCGAGGGCUUCCAAACAUUCUGAAUCGCACUCUAGGUCAAGAUCAAAAUCAAGAUCCAGGUCCAGAAGACAUUCGCACAGACGUUACACUCGUUCCAGAUCCCAUUCUCAUUCCCAUAGGAGACGCUCUCGAAGCAGAUCAUACACACCAGAAUACCGUCGGCGCAGGAGCCGCAGUCAUUCGCCGAUGUCCAACAGGAGAAGGCACACUGGCAGCAGAGCUAAUCCAGAUCCUAAUACCUGUCUUGGAGUGUUUGGUCUCAGUUUGUACACUACUGAGAGAGAUUUACGUGAAGUCUUCUCCCGUUACGGACCUCUGACUGGUGUCAAUGUGGUUUAUGAUCAGCGGACUGGACGAUCAAGAGGAUUUGCUUUCGUUUAUUUUGAAAGAAUUGAUGACUCUAAAGAGGCAAUGGAGCAUGCAAAUGGAAUGGAGCUGGAUGGCAGGAGGAUUCGAGUGGAUUAUUCAAUCACCAAAAGAGCACAUACACCCACCCCAGGCAUCUACAUGGGCAGGCCAACACACAGUGGAGGAGGUGGUGGCGGUGGAGCGGGUCGUCGCCGGGACUCAUACUAUGAUAGGGGGUAUGACAGAGGGUACGACAGAUAUGAAGAAUAUGACUACAGAUACAGGAGACGAUCACCAUCGCCUUAUUAUAGUCGAUACCGAUCGCGAUCAAGAUCCCGUUCCUAUAGUCCAAGGCGCUACUGAAGAUCAGAAGAGUUACAGUUGAGGACUUGAUUUUUAAUACAAAGUUCAGAUCUUUAGCUUCCCUACUGCUUUCCCUUCCAUCUUCCCUUUCUUGUCCUCCUUCCAGCUCUUUCACAAGUCUUUGGUUCAUUUAGAAUAUACAUAUUUUCAGUUGAAGUAUUCCUAUUUUCCACCCCUUCUUAUUGUAAUACUCUUAAAUAUUGUAAUUGUUGUAGUUUUUGUGUAGUAAAACAUCUUGAGCAAAAAGAUAGAAAACCCCAAAGUGCUGAUACAUUUUGGAAGUCAUUCCUAUUUUAUUUCUAAAACAGUUGGACUCCUGACUAAUCAGAAGAGAGCAUUGAUAUUUUUAAAGCUUGCAUGUCAUAUGUAGUAUACACACUCGGAUACUUUAACAUAAACCUGCAUUUCCAAGUAACUUGUUAAUCUUUCUGUUAAAAUGUUUACCUAUUACUUUGAUAAACAAGUAAUGACUUUUGAGUCUUUUCUGUAAUGAUAAAUUUGCUUAGAUAGUCAUGAACCAGAGGAUUUUUAAUUUUUUUUUUUGUCAAGUAGUUGCUUUGAAAGUAGACUAUUUGAGCUAGAUCAGAGUUUGGUAUUUGACUGACUGGGAGAAUAGAUCCUUGUACACUCAAAAUUAAGGCUGUGUGUUUUAUAGAAAAAAGUUUCUGGAUUGCUACACAGUGGAUAACAGUUGAAAUUAAAAUUGUUAAAUUCCUGGGGUCUUUGUGGUACUUCAUUGAAUAUUUCCUUUUAAUUGGUGCAAGAGAAAAAUAUUUAUUGAACAUAGCAAUUAGUUAUAUAAUUUGCUGUUCAUGAAAGAAAAAAUGGCCAACUUUUUGGUAUUGAAAUAAUGAUGGAGCAAGUUUUGUUUCCAGUCCUUUUUGAACCUUUGGAAGUAUGGAUGGAAAAACCUACAGCUAUGUGUAAACCUUUUUUUUCCCCCCAAUAAAAGUUAAGUCCACUGAUAA